AUGACGGCCCCCCGCGGUGUGAGGCUGGCGCUGGCCUGUGCCGCACUCCUCGCGCGGGCAUCGACGGCGCGGCCCGGCGCGGCGCUGCCGCCAGCAGAGGAGCACGCGCGCGCCCCCGAUCCCUACGGGAUGUUCGACAACUCGCCGAUCCUCCUGCUGAAAGCCUGUGGGCGAGGAGAGCAGGAGCUGCUGAUGGGCGAGAUCGAGGAUCACCCUUGCACGCUCAUCGACCAGGUCGGGAAGGAGGGCGCGUGCUCCGUGACGGCCGUCAUCUGCCCAAAGCCGCUGCACUUCGAGCAUGCCGCCGCCGAGGUCUUCAGGGAUGAUGCCGGAGCGUACCUGCGAGGCGCCGGCCUCCCGCGGGCUUGGGACCGCCGCUCUCAGAGGAGCGACGAUUUCUACGCGCAGUGGCGCAGCUACGACGACAUCCUCACCAGUCGGGGGAGCGUAAGACCCGGGUUUGCCGGGACUCGGGUUCGCCAUCGUUUUUUGACGACCGCGACUCGGAUUUUGACGAGGAGGAGUUUCGUGGGAUGUCUGCAGCGGGAGGCCUCGUCAAAAUGCAGGCUCGGCCUCGUCAUUUUUUUGACGACCUCGUCGGGGAUUUCCGAGUCCCCCGUACCCGGGUCUUACGUCUCCCCGAACCAGGCUCCAGGACGUGGUGGAUGCCGCGCCCGGCGUGGCCGUGCUGGAGAGCCUCGAGCCGGCCACCCACGAGGGGCGCGUGAUCAAAGCCGUGCGCAUCCGUGA